GUACCACCACCAGAGCCACUACAUUCAUUGGUUUCCGGAAAUGGGCCAGAUUCUAAUCAUUUUUUGACUCAUAUCCAGCAAUACAAUAAUUGCUUUCAAAUGACAUCAUUUGGCGCAACAAAAGUUAUUGGAGACAAUUUUAUGCCUACUUUCAAGGUAUAUAAGUAUAAUGGCAAACAACUUUAUUUAGUUUUUCAACCAUAUAGCUGAUGCAAAAUAUGUUGAGCCAGUGUUGUGUAGAUGUGUUUACAAAGUGCUCCAAUACUUGGUAAAGCCUGCUACCUAAAACUGCCAUGGAAGGCUACUGUUCAAUGUUGAGAUUUAGUUUUAAUUUGAAAUGAUCUAUAAAGUAUUUUGGGAGUAUUUUGCGAGCCACAUGGUGGUACAAACAAUUUGCUAUACAAUUACCUAAAUACAUACAUAUUUAUAUUCUUGCAAAUUCAGGGUCAAAUAUAUCAUCGAACAGGUUCCUUAUUGCCAAUGCCUGAUGAAGACUAUAAAUUUUUGCAAAUAUAUUUUAUGGGCGAUUCAGCAAGAGAAGUCGAUCAGCGUUGCGCACACAACAACUCAGUGAAAAGAUCCAUUGUGGAACAACUUCAAACAUUUUUCCAUCAACACAAUGAAUUAGUUGCAUUAUUCACAACUGCAUUAGACCGCAUGCCAUCAGAUAAUCAUAAAAUUGUCAUCAGAGCCGAUAAGGCGCCUGCAGGACAACAUGCUGGACGUUUUAAUGCGCCAACAAUUGAUGAAGUGGCUAUUGUCGUCGUGGGAGAAAAUUUAGAAAACCGAGACAUUGUUUUACUUCGACGGAACGAUCAACUUCAGCGUGUGUCUGAAACACAUCGAUCAUAUGAUGCCUUACAAUAUCCUGUCCUAUUUUGGCAAGGUGAAGACGGCUAUCAAUUUUCAAAUAAGAUGAUAAAUCCAGUUACAGGUGCUGAAACGAACAAAAAAGUUAGUUCAAUGAAUUAUUAUUCAUACAGACUGAUGGUUCGGGAAAAUGAGGACAAUCACAUCUUAAAGUGUCGGCGUCUAUUUCACCAAUAUGCUGUGGAUAUGUAUGUGAAAAUUGAAACUGAACGAUUGACAUUUAUCAGGUUUAACCAGGCAAAACUCCGUUCCGAGGAAUAUAUUCAUCUUCGGGAUGCCAUUAAUGCUGAUGGAAAUGCACAGAAUGUUGGCAGAACAACUAUUCUCCCAGCAACAUACGUCGGAAGCCCGCGACAUAUGCAUGAAUAUGCUCAAGAUGCUAUGUCCUAUGUACGACAUUAUGGCACACCAGAUUUGUUUAUCACAUUCACAUGCAAUCCAAAGUGGACAGAAAUUCAACAAGAAUUAUUUACUAGCCAAUCACCUAUUGAUCGCCACGAUAUCACUGCAAAGGUGUUCAAAAUGAAAUUAAAAUCACUCAUGGAUUUUAUUGUUAAGCAUCGCGUGUUCGGCGAGACGCGUUGUUGGAUGUACUCAAUUGAGUGGCAAAAACGCGGAUUGCCACAUUCACAUAUCCUCAUUUGGUUGGUUGAGAGGAUAAGACCGAAUGAAAUUGAUAAUGUGAUAUCAGCAGAAAUUCCCGAUAAUAAUGAAGACCCACUGUUACAUGAGGUUAUUACAAAAAAUGUGAUACAUGGUCCAUGUGGAAUAUUAAAUCCAAUUUCUCCGUGUAUGGUUGAAGGAAAAUGUUCAAAACGCUACCCAAGACAAUUAGUAUCAGAAACUAUUACUGGAAAUGAUGGAUAUCCACUUUAUCGCCGCCGAUCCAUUGAUGACAAUGGAAAGUCAACAAUAGUCAAAGUAAAUCGACAGGACAUUGAAGUUGAUAAUCGUUGGGUUGUUCCGUUUUCGCCAUUACUCUGCAAGGCAUAUAAAGCACACAUAAACGUCGAAUUUUGCCAUUCCGUAAAAUCUAUUAAAUAUAUUUGCAAGUACGUGAACAAAGGUAGUGACAUGGCUGUCUUCGGAGUUGCUGCCGAAAAUUCAAAUGAUGAAGUCACUCAAUAUCAAAUGGGCCGCUAUGUUAGUAGUAACGAAGCACCGAUUGAUUUAUGGCAUAAAUACAAAGAUCAUAUGGCGGAAGAUAUAUUGCAUCAGAUGCGUCUUAGAACAUCGAAUGCAGAUUUGCAAAUGAACGAAGAAAUUCACAAUGAAGCAUUAAUUUUAAUUGAGGACAUGUGCUUGAUGCUUACCAACAAAGUAUUAAUUCAAAUAGGAAUGAUAGGACCCAAUCGCCCAAUGUUCGACUCAUUUGAUCAAGAAUUGAGACGCGAAGCCCAAUACGAUUCCGAAACAUUACGAGAAUGGUUGAUAGAACAGUUCCCCUUUUAA